UAAAACUUCCUUUUCAAAAUGAAAUCAAAGAAAAAUGAAACUGAUGCUUCUGGCAGUGGCUCUUCUGAUGAGGAGGCAGAGUAUGUUGUGGAAAAGAUUUGUGCACGUCGUGUACGCAAGGGAAAGAUUGAAUAUUUUCUCAAAUGGAAAGGUUAUCCGGAAUCUGAAAAUACUUGGGAACCAGAAGAAAACCUCGAUUGUCAAGAUUUAAUUCAAGCCUUUGAAGAAGAAAGAACCAAGGAAGAGGCUGCUUCAACAUCUAGCACAAAGACAACUGAAAAAAGUAAAAAAGAACCAUUCAGUGGACGAUCCAGUGUUGCCGGUGGUAAACGUAAAAAUGAAGAUUCAAAAUCAUCAGGUAGCAAAAAGAAACGCACAGAAUCCGGCAAAGAUGAAACAGACAAUGAAUCAGUUUCAGAUGCAUCAACAAGACACUCAGAGUUGACGGGCUUCGAUAAAGGUCUUGAAGCUGAAAAAAUUCUUGGAGCCUCUGAUUCAAAUGGUGGUCUCUACUUCCUUAUACAGUUCAAAGGUGUCGAUCAAGCUGAGAUGGUGGCAGCCUCAGUGGCAAAUGUAAAAAUACCACAAAUGGUUAUUAAAUUUUAUGAAGAACGUUUAUCAUGGUAUUCUGACAACGAAGAGUGAGCGGUCUAUGCAGUUCGGCACAAGAUGUGUUGAUAUCUCUUUUUUUUAACAUAAACAACAUAACUUUACGUUAACCUUUCGUAUUAAUUUAACUAUACUAUAAUGCAAAAGCAAACAAAAAGAAA